AUGACCAUCACCGGCGACCUGAGCACCCGCGACUUCAAAAAUGUCGAGCGUAAAGGAGGCCCCCGUGUAGUCACAUGCUACUCGGAUGACGACCCAACAAUCAAGCGCAUGGCCAAAAUAUUCGACGCUUUGGAUCACCCUUUGAUGGGUGAUCCAAACUGUGACCUCCGCCCCCGGGAAACAUGCAUCAAGUGUACGGGUUGCACAGCGCGCGCAGAUCUGGACUACGCGAUGGAACCAGCUGUUUAUGAGGGUUAUUCUGCGCCUGGGAACAAGAAAUUCAAGCACAUCGUUCCGACGUACCAUGGCAGUUGGACGUUUGCCCUGCCGACGCAUCAGGCUGUCAAGCCUCGGUGGGUGAGGAUGGUGCUGAUGGAGCAUUGUGAAGGGGAAGUGAUGGAUAAAAUCAUGGGCAAACAAGUCAUACCCAAGGACGACGACGACGACGACGACGACUACAGCGAACCAAACACCCUCCUCGACUACGGUCAAACUCCCCCCGAAGCAGACCGUCUCUCCAUCAUGAAACAAAUCAUCGAAACCGAAAUCAGGAUGAUGUGGAACGUCGAAAUUAGCAUUACACCUUGCAAAUCGAGGCUCAAUACGGCGAAUAUCUUUGUCUGCAACGACGGAUCCGUCAAGUUCAUCACUUUUAGAGAGGCAAAGGUGUACCGCUAUCUUGACGAGACGGAGGAUCACCCAAACCAGAUCUAUGAUGGGCGGUGGGACUCAGGCGUGCCAGCGGCGGAGAUGAGGCCGAUGAGGUCUCCGAAUGAGAGAUACUGGUCUAAAUGCUUCCUCGAUCCUUUCGGUCGUUGGCUCCCAGAGGCCUGGGAAAAGAACGAGGAGUUGGCAAACGAGUGGUUUAUUGACAAGUUCGGCUCGGAGAAGGAGUUAGAAAAGUAUGAGCCGAUCAAAGACGAGUGGUUCUGGGAGAGAAAGCCUAUAAGGGACAAGGCGAAAAGGUGCGCAAGUGGUUGGAAGAUCAUGAUCCGGACGAGAGGCCCUCCAAGAGAGCUCGGCAUGUAUAAUUCAACAGGACUAUUACUACUAGUUGGACGUCUUGCAACAUCUUUCAAGGCCUUUAUACCUUAUGUCAAAUCUUCCCCCAGGUGA